GGCAUCUGGCAACACUGAAAGUCGACUCGAACGGACGCUUGCUGCGGCUCGAUGUACAAAUAAAAUUUUUAAAUAAUUUGCAACGGUUGCAACGGAAAAUUGCGCCAACGGUGGCUCAAAGAAAAGUGUUAAAAAAAUAAAUAAAUAGUUAUUUGAUAAAAGUCCGCUGAGCAGGUCGAAAAGUGAAAAACGGAAAUCGCCUUGCAGGUUGCAGUUAAAUACGAUUUUGCUGCAACCAACCGAGUGGCUGCAAGAAGCAUCUAAAAAGUGGUGACAAAACCAGUUAAUUCCAACCCACUUUCAGCGAGAAAAUUAGUUAAAGAACUUAAUCCGCAAUGGGUCUCAACGGCUGCUGUUCGUGCGUCAAAUAUCUUAUGGUCCUUAUAAACAUUUUGUUCUGGAUCAUUGGAUUGACUUUUGUCAUAUCCGCCGUAUGGAUGCUAACAGAUCCCACAUUCGUUCUGUCCAUGUCCCAAUCCUACCAGCACUACCAAAUAGCCCUCUAUGUCUUGCUGGGCAUCGGAAUACUGAUCACUCUGGGCGCGUUCUUCGGCUGCUGGGGCGUGUGCCGAGAGUCGCAAUGUUUUCUCGUUUCGUUCUUCUGUGUCAUACUGGUUGUUAUGGUGGCCCAAAUUGCGGCCGGUGCCUGGGCCUUCCACAAUCAAGACAAACUGGACGAUAUCAUUCGGGCGGCCGUCAAGUCUACAGUUCAGCACGAGUACGGGCAAUCCACCAUGAGUUCACAGACCGUGACCUUUGAUGCGUUGCAAAAACAAUUAAAAUGCUGUGGUGCUGAUGGUCCUGGAGAUUGGGCCACAAGUCGCUUCAAUAAUGUGGAUCGGACGAAUAUUGUUGAGAUCGCCGUGUCUUCCAUGAAUGUCUUCUAUAAUAUACCCGAGUCCUGUUGCAAGGAAGAUCUAAAGGACAACGAAUGUGAAAUGUCGCGUCGUCUUAAGUUCGGGGGUCCUUUAAACCAAGCCAUUUAUCAAACGGGUUGUGUGGACAAAAUGAUUGAGUGCGUUACUGAGAACUGGAUACCUAUUUUCGCCGUCACCGUUUCCAUCAUAUUUUUGGAGCUGCUGUCUCUGACCUUCGCUCUGAGCCUGUGCUGUGCUGUGAGGAACAAACACUACAAGGCCUGAGAAUUACAGAACUCCCAUAGGGAGAUCACAGACGAUGAGAAGUACUAACAAACCAAAACAAAGCGAGUGCAUAGCGAGGGCUACCACUGAAGCUGAGCAAUAAAGGCAAUGUACUUGCCAAUGAAAAGGCUUGCACGAUAGAGUCCGAGGCCCCUCGUCAAUACUUUAGCAACCGAACCGAAACCGACAACAACCGAAACACACACAAUUUUGUAGUACUUUUAACAACCAGAGGAAGUUGAGCAAUUGUAUUUGAGAUACGACGCGUUUUGGAAUUUGUGAACAUUUUUUAAAAAACAAACAACAGGAGGUCAGGAAUUCGUAUAAUGACGAAAUCAACUUUAUUUGAGAAAACGUAAACAAAAGAACACUUUUCUAAACCAAACUAUUUCUACAAAAAAAAGCAAAAAACACAAACAGUAAACUCCGUAUAUGUAUGAACAACUUAAGCAGCUCCAUAAUAUUUAGAAUAGCGAAAAAGUUUCGAAUUCAUAGACAUACUAUAUAUAAAAUAUAUAGAGAAAAGCAUAAGCACAAAAGAAUAAUGUUAAUUGCCAAAACAAAAAAAUGUAAACAAAACGAAAACUUAAUCAAAUUUCGUUCCAUAUUAGUUUUGCCUGUAAGACUUUUGAUUAAAGCAUACAUAUAUUAAGUUUUUGUGGCCAUUUUUAUGCUAACACAAUGCCAAAUGAAAUAUGAGUACAUCCACAUAUACACACGUAUGUGACAUAUGACAGCAUUCCACAAGAAUGAGAAUGAUUGACAAAUUUUUGUUCUGGACAAAACGCAUUGCCAUCCAAAGACCCAGCCCAAAAUAUUUUUCAAAUCAUUUUAUUACCUUUGUGUAAAAUGUUGUGCUAAAAACCGAAAACCAAUUAAUUCGUAGAGCUUCUCGAAAUUGUAUGCCAAAUAUUUUAUACUUAACAAAAUUGUAAAUUAUUUCAUCAAAACAUAUUUAUUUGAGCAUAAGCAGACAAAGAGCUAGAACAAAAUUUUAUUAACAAUUAAGUGAAUGUUUAUUAAUCUGUUAAUAGAACUUUUAAUUGCACUCAACUGACAUUUGGCCAAUUUUAGUAAAGCCCAAGAUAAAAGUAUUUCAAAUUAUUGGUCAAAAGUAAUUGUUUGUAAGCCCAUAAACUCGAAUGCAUCUUAGGCGUUAUUGUGUAGAAGUGCAAGUGCUUGUACGAAGAAUCAAUAUGAAAUGCACAAAAUGUUGAACGGAAAGUACACACGAAUGUAACAAAAAAUCUCUAUAUUUACAUUGUAUUUUUACCAUACACCUUAAUAUAAUGAUAAUAUAUAUUUUUUGUAACAUUUUCAUUUACCUGUUGUUAUAUGUGAAUUUUGUUGUUGAUUAAGCGUAUCCUGAACGUCACCGUGUACCCCUUCACAAUGUUUAAGUAAACUAAAUCUACAAAAACCAAUCCAAGGUCAAAAUUAUAAUAAAUUUACAAACAAAACAAAAAAUCUAAACUAAAUAUAUACUAAAUUUAAAUGUACACAUUAAAGAAAAUUAUUUAUUUUAAAAUUGUUUAGAAUAUAGUUAAGGAACAAUUUCUUGGAGUUAAAUCAAAUAAAAAGAAUAAUGAUUUAGAUUAAGAAAUCAAUCACUUACAAAUACAGUUCACCAUCACAUAAAACAAUAAAAUCUUCACUUUAAAAUGAAAUAAAUUUAGAAAAAAAUUCAAAGCAUAAAACGUCAUCAAACAUUUCAAAUCAAAAAAGUACGUACACAUGUACUCCUAAAUAAAAUUGGAAGCAUGAAUACCAUAAAUACAAUCAACUCAUCUCCAUUAUUUAUGGAAACUACAUAGUCUUUAUGAAAUUUUCCAAUUUAGCGAGGCAUCUUAACACAUAAUUAAAAAAGUUAAGCAAUACAACAACGCUCAAGAUUUGUACGAAAACAAAAAAAAACUAAACAGAGGCACACAUUAAAACAUGAUGUUUGUGAAAACAAAUUUAGAGAACAAAAGCAUACAAAACUGAUAUUUCAAAAUAAAUAAUCGUACUUUAAAACAAA